AUGGACGACCUCCUAAUGCAUGCCAUGCUUGCCGUGAGUGGCGCGCAUCUAAGUUUCAAGCAGCCAGAGAACGAUGAAGUCAUUCAGGCCACAAUGAGCCAUUACAACGCCGUCAUCCGGAGCAUUCGGCAAGAAAUCGGGCAGCCAGACUUACAGAGUGAUGCAGUCAAGACAACACGGCUACUUCUGGUCCUCAUAAUGCUCUGCCAUUACGAAGUUCUAUCGGGUAACACGGCCGUGAAUCUAUUCCAACAUCUCCGUGCGUGCCGUCAGCUCAUCCUCUGGCAGCUCCCGAAGGACAAACCCCCUUUCAACGAUCUUCUUGGCUUCGCCAUUGAGCUCUAUUCCUACAUCUUGACCAGCAAUACGUUCUCACCAUACGGAACAAUACAAAUUCGUACGCUUCCGAACGAUUCAUUCAUCACCUCUCUCAAUAGCACCAUCGGCUCCUGCAGCACCUUUGGCGCCAUGCUCGGCGGUGCUCACGCUCUCUUCGAGCUCAUCCCUCAAGUCUCAGUGUUCCAUGGCCAACGACUCGCCGAAGAGGCUCAGGGUUUUGACCAACUCAGUCCGCAUCUGGAGGCACAACAUUCUUUCCUCAAAGCCUCCAUCGACAACUGGGCUUUCCCCAACCAGUCAAUAGACCUAGACACCCUCGAGCGCAAGAAAACAGCCGAAAUAAUCAGACGUGCGCUGAGGAUCUACCUCUCUACCGCCGCAUGCGGCUCCGUCGUUGAUUCUCCCUCUGUCAUAUGCGCCGUUCAGGAUGAGGUCGACGCCGUCAUGUCCAUCUCGAAUGAUAUUUCUGAGCCACAGUACAUGUCAACGCUGCUCUGGCCACUUGUCAUUACUGCCUCGUGCAUGGUCAAGGAGUGCCAGCGUAAAGAGACGGCUGAAAUGCUGCCCAAGUCCCACUAUGAGAUGACACACAUAUCUGUUGCGGUGGAGUUGUUGGAGAAGCUGUGGAAAGACCAGGAUCGGCGAGCGUAUGGACCUUAUGGGCUGUACUUCAUCAUGGAGAAGUACGGUAUUCAGUUCUCGACUAUUUGA